AUGUAUUUAACAUUAUUAUUAUUAUAUGUUGUUGAUUAUUGUUAUAUUGUAUUCUUUAAAAAUGAUACUACAUUAGCUGAUAUCGAUAAUCAUGUCAAUUGGGUUGAAUUUGAAACAAAUUCUAAUUUAGCGGAGUUAAAAAACUCAAAAUUAAGAAAUUCUUUUUUACAAGCUGCAUCUGAAGAUAAAAUUGGAGUUACUGAUCAAUUUAAAAUUGGUUCAAUAUCUGGUUAUAUUGGUUAUUUUUUAGAUAAUACUAUUGAAGCUAUUAGAAAAAAAAAUAUUGUUGAUUUUGUGGAACAAAAUUCUUUAGUAAAAAUUGAUGAAAAUUAUACAAUUAAUUCACCAACAAUUCAAUAUGGUGCUCCUUGGGGCUUAGCAAGAAUAUCUCAUAGAGAAGCACUAUCAAUUGAUACAUUUGAUCAAUAUUUAUUUGAUUAUAAUGGUGGUAAAGGUGUAACUUCAUAUAUUAUUGAUACUGGUAUUAAUAUUAAUAACAUUCAAUUUCAAGGUAGAGCCAAAUGGGGCAUCACCAUCCCACAGAAAGCUUUAUCAUUCGACGGAUCAGGUCAUGGGACACAUUGUAGUGGUACGAUUGGUUCAAGGGACUUUGGUGUUGCUAAAAAUGUCGAGUUGGUCGCUGUUAAAGUUUUGAAUGCUCUUGGUAUAGGAUCAAUUUCAAAUAUUAUUAAAGGUUUAGAAUGGGUAGUUCAACAACAUCAACUUGCAAUUAGUAAAAAGAAUAAAUCAUUCAAGGGAUCUACUGCGAAUAUGUCAUUGGGUGGAGGUUUUUCACAAGCUUUAAAUUCUGCAGUUAAUGCUGCUUCAGAUCAAGGUAUAUUUAUUGCAGUUGCAGCUGGUAAUAGUCAUGCAGAUGCUUGUGAUUUUUCACCUGCUAGUGCUGGUAAAGCCAUUUCUGUUGGUGCUUCAACAAUAGCUGAUGAUGUCGCUUCAUUUUCAAACAUUGGUAAAUGCGUUGAUAUUUUUGGUCCUGGUUUAAAUAUUUUAUCAACUUACAUUGGUUCAAAUAAUGCAACUGCUUAUUUAUCAGGUACUUCAAUGGCAUGUCCACAUAUUAAUGGUUUACAAGCUUAUUUUUUAUCAUUAUUACCCGAAUUAACAUCUGAUUAUAGUGGAACUUCCAUCACUCCUGAUCAAUUGAAAAAACAUAUUAUUGCCUUUGGUACUCAUAAUGCUUUAAACUUAGUUCCAGCUGAUACUCCAAAUGUUUUAGGUUUUAAUGGUGCUGGCAGAAGUUUAGAAGAUUUUUGGAGUUCCUAG